AUGAUUGAGCGUCUCGAAGAAAGUUGGUUUCCAAUUCUCAAAAAUGAUAAUUUUAUAAAAAAGGAAUCUUCUUCUCCAUAUAGUUCACUUUUAUCCAAGAAUCCUGAAAUAUAUGGAGUCAGUAACCCCAAUCCUUCAUUAUACUACAUGUGUAUAGCACUGUCUACUGUUUUACACUAUGGUAUAACGUGCUUUAUUAAAACGAAUUCCUCUAGAAGAAGGGAACUUCGUAGAUACCAUGACUCGUCGUACACCGAUUUUGAGGAAAUUAAAAAAAAUGAUACAAGUGCAAACUCAUCCAACGAUAAAGAUUACAACCAAACAAACAAAAUUGUCGACCAAAUUGUAAAUACAAAUUUUCCAGACAUAGAAAAUGCACCUAAUUCUAACAUAACCGAUCAGAUUUUUUCUCACGUAAUAGGCGAAUAUUCUCCAAACAUAACCAACGAAAAAUUUACAAAAAUAGAUGACCAUACAUUUUCAAAUAAUCCAGGAGAUAACUUCCCCAACUUUGAAAGAGAAAAUUUUACACAUACAACAAAAGACAAAUUUGGAAAACUCCCAAAAUCGAAAUUUCCAAUACAGAAUAGAUCCAAAUUUUCUAAGAUAAUUACACCUAGCCAAGGUAACAUAGAUAGCGAAACCUGCCCCAACGUAACCACCGAAAGGUUACUUAAUCUGAUGAAAAAAAAAUCGCCAAUUUAUGGAACUAGAAAAUCAUUAAACAGAAUAACGAAGAACUCUCCAAGCGAUGAAUCCAAAAAGAAGCCUCCCAAAGCAAAAUCCGAACAGUGUCCAAGCUUAGCAACAAAAAAAUCGCCUAACGUGGCACCAAAUAAAUCGCUUAGCAUAGAAGCAAAGAAAACGACUAAGGAAAUAUUCAAAGGGAUUCCCACGUUAAGAACCAAUAAAUCUCCUACACAAACAACAGAAAAACCUCCCGCAGAAGUUGCAAAGGAAAUUCCCAAUGCAGCAAUAGAAAAAAAAGUCACACCCGACGUACAGGAAGCGAAAGGGGGUGCAAAGUCCCACUUCCAAAAUUUUAUGCACAAUGCUGUAUUCUCAUUGAGGCUAAAAAUACGCUCACAAAUGAAUAAAAUUAGGGCAAAAUUAUUAGCAGCUAAAACGCGGCCAUCCCAAGGAAAAAAAAAAAAAGGUGACAGAAAAGGGGACAGCAAAGAAGACUCGGAAAAACCCAAAAUAGAAGAACACUCGGAGGAAUGGAAAAUACAACAAUUGGAAAAUUGGAAAAAAAACUUGGACAAAGAAUACAGUGCCUGGAAAGUUUCACUAGCGAAUGAAAACAACCAGUGGAUCCUACAGAAAAAUGUAGUUUUUGAAAAUAUCCUGAAUAGGAUAAAGGAAAAAUGGAUAUCGUGGAAUAUAUACACUUUGGAAGAUAUUAAUGAGGGCAUUAUUAGGUUAAAAGAUUUGGAGAAUGAAGAACAGUGGAGUAAGUGGUUGGACGCAAAUUGGAAACCUUAUAAUAAGCGAACCUGGAUUGACCUCAUAGAUUCGUAUGAAAAAUUGUAUUAUCAUUGGAUACGUACUCAAUGGAAUAAAUGGAAAUCCAGCAAAAUGACAGAAUGGAUAUCACAAGAAUGGAAAGUGCACGAAGAAGAAAAGUGGGAACAAUGGGAAAGUCGGAAAUGGACAAAAUGUUUUCAACGCAAAGAGAAAAACGAAUGGAUCAAAUGGAUUACAAGAAAUGAAUUGGAAAUCACCGCCAUAAGGAAUUGGCUAAAGGAAAAAGAAAAUAUGUGCUUGGAAGGCGAAGGCUGGAUAAAUUGGGAUAAGUGGAAGCAGGAAAAGUUCCAAAUUUUGGACGAAUAUUUGGAUUCGCUGAAAAAUGAAUGGCUCUCGGAGAAGAAGUGGAUGAUCUUGACGAAUGCGUCUAAGAAAGGGGAGCAGGCUGCAGAGCGGACCGCACCGGGAGGUAAAAAAACGGCUAUAAAAAAUGCACACCAAAAUAAUUAUAAAACUGACGAACAAAGUGACAAUCAAACUGACCAACAGAAUUUGGAAUGUUAA